ACAAUAAAAACAAAACUGCAGAAAAUGGAGAGAGACGCUGCGCCACUGCACUCCUAGCCGGAUAUGCUCCUCCGUGGUCAACCUGUCUGCCCACACACACUGGCAUACAGGAACGCAAGCACACACGGAUACAAGCACACUUCUCUCCCUGUCUGUCUCGCCUGCAAUGUGAUCUGGCCUGUCCACUCCGCUAAAUUGCCAAGAGCACUUGCCCCCCUGCCCCCCUGCCGCACUGCUCUAUGAUACUCCCCACUCAAGUGUCCCGUUCCAGCAUUUAAUACUGUUACUUGUGCCAUUUUGCGCGCACUUGUGCCAAUUUUGUAUGCAACAGCAGUAGCAUUAGCAGCCUCUGCCUCUGCCCUCCCGCUGCUUGUCGCUUGAUUUUUGCUUUUCGAUAAUUUAAAGCUAACAUUCCUUCGAGCCGCAAAAACCGCAUUUCUUGCAAACCCCAUUACCCGCCUCGGUUUGGGGCUGGCUGGCUGGCUUUUGGAAAUCUUCAAUUUGUUGUGCCUUUCCGUUUUUUUUGCAUUUUUGUUUGGGUGAAAUUCGUUCCGUUAUUAACGUUGCUUGUGUGCAAAAACUAAUUGAAAAUAUCGUGCAAUAGAAAGAGAAAUAGAAAAAAUAGAAAAGGAAAGCAUUAAUCAAAAAACAUCAAUCACAAAAAAUCGCAUGAUUAAUGGCAGCGUUUUGAGCAUAAAUCUACGUGAGGAAAGCAGAAAGAUGCCACCACUGAGUUCAAUUCAACAAUAAAAAACUCUAAAAUACACAAAACAAAGCAACAGAAAGAUAGAAACCCUCAAAGAGUGGCACAGAAGCGAGGAGGCACGCGAAGGAGCAUUAGAUUUAUGCAAAAAUGCGACGAAAGCCACAAAACUUAACAGAAAGUAAACAAUCGAGCAGUAGAGACGGAGACGAAGACGAAGGUGGCGGAACAAUCCAUAGAGGUGGCACCUCCGCAUCGUCAGCAAGUUCCAACGAUUCAAACAAUAGAAUGCCAAGAGACCAUCGACACAUGAUGGCCGUGUGCCUGGCCCUGCUGCUGCUGCUCGUCCAAGCAACGGUGGCCCAGCACGAGAGCAUCUCCCAGAUCUCCCCGAAGUCGAGCAGCCAAGGGAAUGACCGCCUGAGCAUCGAGAGCACCAUUGCGGACUCCAUCAACGGCCUGGCCGAGAGAGAGUCCACGCUGCAGGACGACAACGAGAAUGAGACGCGGGCGGAGCGAGUGGAGCGAUCGGCCUCGCCCAUCCUGCAUGACCAGCACAACCAGGGGAAUGGCGGGAAGGCGGGCGGGCGGCCGAACGACGUGCACUUCCCCCAGAACCAGGAGAAGGACGUGUCCGCGGGCAGGUACUUCCACUACAACAUCAAGCCCACGGGCACCUAUGACAGCCAGGAGGAGCAGCCCGAGCAGACGCAGAGGAUCAGAGCGGGAAAGACUCUGUCGGGGAGUAGUAGCAGCAGCAGCUUGGAGCAGUCUUUUUUAGGGAAGGGGGACCUGCGACCGCUUACGUCGGGGUCCCCAAUCAGGCCGAGCAGUACUGUCACCUCGUCGACGGGGGCCAGUGCCACCCAGGCGCCGCAUAGUCCCCGGCAGAACGGCAACCCGGACAUACAGGACAUCAUCACGGGCAUUGUGAAGCUGCUCAAUGGCAACGUGAAUGUACACGCGAACACCCAGGGCGUGCGUCGGCCGUCGGCCAGCAGGAUCAACAAUCGGGGGCCACCGCGGAUUUCGGAGACGCAGAACCUCCCGCCCAUCGACUACGAGGCCCAGAAGCCGGGAACUUCGAUGCGUCCGCCUCCGUAUCCCUUCGACCGACCGGAGCGACCCUUCAUCACGGGCGUUCCCAUUCCCGAGCAGAUAGUGCCCCUCCGUCCGGGCUUCGUCAGCAAUCGGCCGCCCUGGUACCGCAACAAGCCGCGUCCGCCCAUCACCACGAGUGUGGGCGGCAGUCGGCGCCCCCUGCCGCAAUACAAACCCCUUCCCGCUCCCCAAGUGCUGCCCUCGCCACAGCCCCAGGAAAAGCUGGAGCAGCAGGAUCUGCUGGAGAAGCAGCACCAGCUGCAGUUGCAGCAACAGCAGCAGCAGCAGCAGCAGUCGUUGCAGGCGCAGGAUGACGGUGUUCCGCCCACGGAUACCACCUACGACUCGGAGUUCUCCAACGAGGAUGCCAAUGCGCAGUAUAUUGAGGUAUCCGACCAGGACACAGAUUCCACCGGUGGCGGCGAGAUCGAUGAUGAACUGCAGCCGCCUCCUCCCGGCCCUCUUUCAACGCCCAAUCCUCCCGCAACCACGCCCACAUCUCCCAAGAAGAAGCACAAGCCAAAGCCCGUUAGCGAAAAGAAGAAGGUGCCGCAGGAGGAGCCGGAGCUGCCACCAGAUGGUGGCUACACCACCAUCGUGGAGACCAGCUCCGUGGUCCACACCGUCAUGGGCGGGAUGUCCUCCACCUACGUGCCCAUGUCGAUGGACAGCUCUGAGGCCCUUGAUCUGGAUCCCUCCACCGAGGAGGUGAUCUUCAUGACGGCCAAUCGUACACCCGGCCUGGAGACGGGUGCCACCUCCCACUUGACCACAUCGGGCAUCAGCACGGCCAUCGCCGCCACUCCGUCGCUGGCCAUCGAACCGUCGCCCUCUAAAGAACACACUACCACUACUAGCACCUCAACCACCACUACAACCACUCCGAGUACCACCUCCACCUCAACCUCAACCACCACUGAAAGAGCGCCCAGUACCAACUCCAACUCCAACCCCAACUCUAACACCAAUGCCACUCCGCCUGCCCCCUACCAUCCCCGCCCCGGCAUCGUCCUCGACGAUCCCGAGUUCAAGCCCGGCGGCAGGCCACGCCCGCCAGCUGGCAACCAGCGACCGGCGGCGCCUCCACCGCAGCCCAAUCCCCCCAUCCAACCCACACGGCAGCAUCUGCCGCCUGGCUACGGGGAGAUCUUCGACGUGACGCUGUCGGCCAUCCAAGGGCCGGGGCCCAAGGGCAGCGGCUCCAAGCAGACGAUCAACAUCAAGCCGUACGGAUCGUAUGGAGCGGGUGGCCAGGGCGGAGGACAGAGGCAGGACGACAUUAUUGUGUCGGCAUCAGGUGACGAAGGCUUCGUCUCGAUCGAUGGCAAGCGCACUUACAUCAAUCUCUUUGGUGAUCCCACAGAUCCCCCGGCGGGGGCCACAACACCGGCCACACGUCUGCCCCAGUUGCCGGGCGCGGGAACGUCUCCGGGAGGAGGUGGUGUUCACCUUGGUGGUGGUUCGGUUGCUGGUUCUGGUUCUCCCUCAUCUGCAUCGGCUCCCGCGAACGCCGUCACUCAGAGCACCGGCGGAUACGUCGUGCCGGAAACGGAAGUGGUGGAUCUCCAGGGACAGAGCCAGUCCACCGGAACUGCCGCAGGAGCGUCCACAACAAACGCGGGGCCCACGCGACCGCACUAUCGCCAGCGACCCACUCCGCCGCCAGUGAGGAUCGAUACCUGCAUAGUGGGCGACGAUUCCACCUGCGAUCAGGCGCAGCAUGAGCGCUGCAAGACGGACAGCGGCGUCUCCAGCUGCCACUGCAGGCCAGGCUACUCCCGUCGCAAGCAUCGGGAGCCAUGUCGUCGGGUCAUCUCCUUCCAUCUGGGCCUGCGUGUGGAUCGCAUCUAUGAGCAUCGCAUCGUGUGGGACCACAAGCUGAUGGAUCGCCAUAGCGAACCCUUCGGGCAACUUAGCUACGAAUCCAUCCGAGCGCUGGACUCGGCCAUGUCAAUGACGCCCUACUCGGAUGAGUUUAUGGAGGCCAAGGUGAACAACAUCUAUCGGGGAGAUCCCAAUCUGGGCGGCAACGGAGUCUACGUGAACAUGACCCUGAAGCUGGACGAGAGCGUGGAGACGUUGCGUCCCAAUCUGCGCAGCGAUGUGCAGAAGCAUCUGCUGGGUGUGCUCCAUCGCCGGAACAACAAUAUUGGCAACUCCGUUCUGUAUGUGAGCUCUCCGGAGGGCGCUGUCUCGGCGCUGCAGGACCUGGAUGAAUGCCAGUCGCCUGAUCUGAACGACUGCCAUUCCGGCGCCACUUGCAGCAACACGUGGGGCAGUUUCCGGUGCGCGUGCGAGGCAGGACUGCGCGAUCCCUGGGCCGAUCAGCCGCAGCGGGCGGGCCGCGAGUGUCAGGCGUGUUUGGACUCGUUCUGCAACAACCAUGGCUCCUGCAGCUACAACGAUGAGGGCAGCCAGAUCUGCACCUGCGACUCGAGCCACUACGGGGCGCAGUGCGAGAUCGAUGGCGAGGUACUCGGCGUGGCCAUAGGCGCCUCCGUGGCGGCCAUCAUCAUCAUUGUCCUCACCCUUGUCUGCCUGAUCAUGUGGUCACGUCGCUGGCAGCGCGAGCAGAAGAACGCCAUGGGAUCGCCCGUCUUCGGCUACAUGAACACGGCUCCACUGAAGUCUGCGGGACUGCCGCAGGCUGGUUACCAGGUGACGCUGGAGGAUCGCAUGCGCUGGGCACAGAUAGCAGAUGUCAUGGCCCAGACGAAUCACUAUGGGGCGGAGCCUAUUGGACCCACGCGUCCUUCCUCGGCCAUGUUCGCGUACCCAAAUCUGGGGGCCAUGGGCAUGGGAAUGGGCACUCUGGGAGGGAUGUCGCUGCAGAGCACCAUGCAGAUGCAUCCCAGUGCCACUCUGGCGCCGCCAGUGCCAUUGCCCAGAAGACUUGGCCUGGGUCCGCGCUCGAACGGAAUGCGCACGCUGGAGAACUCCAGCUCGAGCGAGGAGGAGGAUCGCGCCGAUCUGCUGGGACGCAAUUUCCAAGUGCCACGCCCGAAGAGUCGCAGCAACGGCAGUAUAGCGAACCAGUCGGGCAUCUACUACGAUGUGGACUACGAGCCUUCAGGCAACGGCAUAGGCAACAGCAGUGUGGAUCAUCUGUAUGGAUCGCAGAAUCCGUCUGUGACGCAUUCAUCGGGCAACAACCACAUCCCAGGUCCCCAGGGCAUACCAAUGAGCACAUACACCUCCGGUCGGGCGCCCAGCAGCUACUACAUGAAGUGACCGGAUUAGAGAGCAUCCUAGUUAGCCCUGUGUACAUAUAUGCAACCUACAUUUAGAGAUUUCGAUGAUUCAGUGGCCUAAAAUACUUUUCCACUGCAGUCCCCGUGGCGACUGUAGCUGAGACGCGUUUUGUGCGACCUUCCCUACCCUGACCUGUCCCUCCCAUUUAGAAUGAGAAGCGUAGACUUAGGACUUAGAUUAUCCAUAGGUUCGAAUUAGGGUUAAGCUAUGCAAACGACAACUAAUCAUUAAUUUUAAACCUUAAACUAAACCUUUAAAUUAUUAAAAUGCAAUCCAGUCCAGAAGUCAAACCCAUGAAAUUAGCCUUAGCUUGUAGCAAUCUAUCGAUUUAGUUAGGUUACCCUACCAAUAUAGUUUGUGUGUAUGUAAAUAAAUGAAUAAAAGAUCUUAAUGUUAAAAUAAA